CAAAGUAUAGCAAGAAAAAAACGAUUUGUUGUAUUUUGUUUUGACGUCGAAAAAGUUGGAAAGUUGGCUCGAAUGCAACAAAAGAUUUUACAAUUGUUAGAUUUUCGAUAUUUUUUACCUGAAAUUCCAUAAAAAUAAUGGAUUAUGUUUAUGUUGGCGGCGAUCCAAUAGUACAGACCGAUGAUAUUCUAUCCAUAUCAAAUGUUUAUGAUGACCCAAAUGGCUCGGGACACUAUUCUCCUAGCUUUGGUGGUUUUAAUGUUGUUUCCUCGGACAUUGAUUACGUGGAACUAGUUCCAAUACUAUCUGAUGGCGGUGAAAACUAUGGGGUUUCAGCAAUUGCAUUUGAUGAUUAUGAGGAAUUGAUUUGGAUGGGAAAUCAAGGGGGACACGUAACAUCUUAUUAUGGAGGUAGCUUACAAAAGUAUACAUCAUUUCAAGUGCAUGCCACUGAUAUUGUUCGACAAAUUACAACCAACGAUUCGGGUAUAUUGGCUUUAACACAAACAUCGCUGCGUCAUCAGAUUCGUAGAGGUAUUCCAAAAUUUACACACAGAUCUAAACAUAUGACAGAGAUGGUGUGUAUGCAACAAAUGUCUCCACAUAGGCUUGUCAUGGCCGGUCUACAAGAUGAGAUGAUUGAUCUUGAUUUGAUAACACUGAAGGAAACUAAAUUGCAACAUGUUGGAACUGCUGGCUGUACUGUGCUUCGCAAAAGCUCUCGCUAUCUCUUCGCUGGUGAUCCAUUUGGCACGGUAACCCUUCGUGACACAAACUCCUUGAAUGUUGAGCAUACUAUAAAAACUCAUGCUGGAAGUCUAUCGGAUUUCGAUGUGCAGGGCAACUAUUUGAUUUCGUGUGGAUUUAGUGGUCGACAAGGAACAUUAGCUGCUGAUCGUUUUCUUAUGGUUUUCGAUCUAAGAAUGCUGCGUUUAGUUUCACCAAUUCAAGUUCUUAUUGAACCGCAAUUGUUGAAAUUUCUACCAUCGCAGAGUUCUCGUUUAGCUGUGGUGUCAUCAUAUGGACAAGUUCAGUUAGUAGAUACUGUUGAAUUAAGUGAACCUAGAGUUUGUAUGUACCAAGUAAAUACAUCUGGAAGCCAAUGUCUUUCUUUCGAUAUAAGUUCAUCAUCACAAGCAAUGUCAUUUGGUGAUCAAUCUGGUCACAUAAGUAUACUUGCUUCGGUCAAUAGCCCGCAGCCACAGUUUAAUGCAUUUUCACGAGAUACAGAGUUUGCCGAUGCAGUUCCUCAACUGCCUAUGGUUCCAAUUACGGAUACCAAUUUCCCUCUAUCGUCAAUUGUUUUACCCCAUUUGGUAACCGGAACAAGAUGGUUUAGUGAUUGGCCAGAGGAAUUGCUUCGUUAUCAAUACAGGCGACCAAAGCCAAUAGAUCACGACAUUCUGGCAACAAUGAAAAUGCAAGGACCCAUUGGAUAUUCACCAAAUCCUCGUCUAGUUAGACGGAAUCAAAUACCAUAUGUGAUGGAGACUAAUGGUGUUGGCUCCACAAAUGGAAAUGGACUUCAAAAUUCGAACAAAACAACCGAAAAUGGAGUAAAAAUCAUACCUAGAAGAUACCGAAAAGUCGAUAUGAAGUACACAAAGCUGGGAACGCAAGAUUUUGAAUUCGAACAGUACAAUCAAACGUGCUUUGCUGGUCUGGAAGCAACACUGCCCAAUUCGUAUUGCAACUCAAUGUUGCAGAUUUUGUAUUUCAUUCAGCCGUUGAGGAAGCGAUUGUUAUCUCAUUCGUGUGUCAAAGAGUUUUGCUUGUCAUGCGAAUUGGGUUUUUUGUUUCAUAUGCUUGAUAAAUCAACAGCUGCAUCACCAUGUCAAGCUAGUAAUUUUCUUCGUUCAUUUCGUACUGUUCCUGAGGCUUCGGCACUGGGUUUGAUACUUUCUGAUAGAUCCUCGAAUGUCAAUCUUGUUAGUUUAAUCCAGAAUUGGAAUCGAUUCAUAUUGCAUCAAAUGCAUUCGGAAAUUCUUGAUUCGCAUAAAAACAGUCAUAUAAACAGCUUACUCUAUCCAGCCACAUAUGAAGAUUAUAAAGCUUUGAGCGAUAAUAGUUCAAGAACAACAAGACCACAAUCUACCCAGGAAAUGGACAAUCAAUCUGGAGAGGUCAAUCAGUUGGCAGAUGAAUCAAAAGAAGACGAACGUGAACGAAGGAAAAUAAAUGAAGAAACAGAUAUCAGUAAACUUUUUGGUACUCGUCAAAAAUGCACAAAUCGCUGUCUUAAAUGCAAUGAAGAGAAAUUCAAAUCAAAUAUCCUCUUGACAUGCAAUAUAUCAUAUCCCGUAAGCAAUAAGGAUUUGGAACAUUUUAAUUUUGGAACAAUUCUAAAAGGUUCGCUUGGCACAGAAAAAAAUAUACAUGCCUUUUGUGAGAAUUGUAAAAAGUUUUCACCAACUUUUCAAUCAGUUAAGGUAACUGGUCUUCCACAAAUUCUUUCAAUAAAUUGCGGUCUUAGCAAUGAAAAGGAUUUGUCAUUUCUUAAACGACAACUUAAUCGCAAUUUUGUAACUACACCUUCUGAGAGUCCGGCAAUUUUGAAUACCACCAAACCAUGUCGCUAUGGAAUGAAUUGUUCGCGUGGUGAUUGUCAUUUUGUACAUCCAGAUAGAAAAUCACCAUCGAAUGCAACAAGCAACAGUUCACCGAAUUCACGACAAAAUUCAUGGUUCCCAAUGAACUUUUCAAUGGCAGUCGAUGCCAAUGGCGAAUUAAGUGUUCAAACUGAAAACAGCAAUACAAAAUUUGAAGAGGGAUAUAGUGAAGAUGCACAAUCACCUGUUAAAAGGACAUCCACACCAAUAGAUACUUCCACAAAAACUGUUAACGAUACCUAUAAGGAAUACUCGCUUAAAGCAGUUGUUUGUCAAAUAGACGAUGGAACACAAAAGAAUUUAGUGUCUUUGAUAAAUGUUGGUGCACGUUAUCAUGAUUUAAAAACACAAAAUGGAUCUGAUGAUCAGAUCCAAUGGUAUAUUUUCAAUGAUUUUAGCAUUUGCCCUGUUUCAACCCAAGAAUCAGUUUGGUUUACAUUGGAUUGGAAAGUGCCUUGUGUGCUCUUUUAUAGCAGUGUCAAUUUAGACGAUGAUAUUGAGAGUCCCACUGAGGAAACCGAAACUGAAAUUCAAUUUUGCAAUCCUUUUAUUCAGGAUAUGCUCAGCCCAAUUCAUCCAUCUGUUAAGAGUGAAACUCUUUUUAAACCCUUGCAACCGAAUGAAAUGCCUCAAGCAGGAGAUCUAGUAGCAAUGGAUGCUGAAUUUGUUACACUUAAUCCAGAAGAAAACGAAAUUCGACCGGAUGGAAAAACAGCAACCAUUAAACCAGUACACAUGAGUGUGGCGAGAAUUUCUUGUAUCAGAGGGCAAGGCCCUGAUGAAGGAGUUCCUUUCAUGGAUGAUUACAUAUCAACACAAGAAAAAGUUGUCGAUUAUUUAACACAAUUUUCUGGAAUUAAACCUGGCGACUUGGAUGCAAAUUUUAGCAACAAACGUCUAACAGCUUUAAAGAACUCAUAUCAAAAGCUCAAAUAUUUAGUUGAUAUUGGAGUUAUAUUUGUCGGUCAUGGCCUAAAGAAUGAUUUCAGAGUGAUCAAUAUGAUAGUGCCAUCUGAUCAAAUCAUCGACACUGUUCAUUUGUUCUAUUUGCCACACCAUCGAAUGGUGUCGUUAAGAUUCUUGGCAUGGCACUUUUUAGGAACAAAAAUUCAAUCAGAAACACACGACUCCGUCGAAGAUGCUCGCACAACUUUGCAACUCUACAAACAUUAUCUAAAAUUACAGGCAGAAAAGAAAUUCACAGCAGCCCUUAAAAACUUAUAUGAUCGUGGCAAACAAUUAUCUUGGAAAGUGCCGGAAGAUUAAAAUGCGCUAGAGCCAUUCAAUCCCAACGUUUAAGAUUUUUUUUAUUUCUUCCAAGUACAUAUAAGAAACGAGUACAAAGAACAAAAAGCUGAUUUUUUCGUUCGUUAUUCCACAAUUUUUGAACGAUGAUUUUAUACAAAACAAAAAAAAAAAACAGAA